CGAAACCGAGAUUGAGAAUAAAAUGUGCAGAAAAAUAACCACUCUGGUGCAAAAUUGUUACAACAAGGGUAUGGAAAACACGACCGAAAUUAUGAAUGAAAGGUGCAUAAAGGUAACCAAUCUGGCGCACUAUUGUUACAACGAGAUUAUGAAGAACGAAACCGAGAUUGAUAAUGAAAUGCACAGAGAUAUAACCAUUCCGGCACAGGAUUGUUUAAAGGAGGCUAUGAAAAACAAAACCGAAAUUGAGAACAAAAUGCGCUACAAAGUAACCACUCUGGCGCACAUUGUUACAACGAGGCUAUAAGAACCAAAAUUGAGAUUGAGAAUCGCAAAAAGGUAAUAAUUUGGUGGACCGUUGUUACAACGAGACAAUGAAAACAACACCGAGAUUGAGAAUAAAAUGUGCGUAACCAAUGCGGAAGAAUCUACAAAGGACAAAAUCCAAAUAGAACUAGAAAAUAAUGAAAAUAAAAAACAUGCGGAGAGGAUACCUUCUACUUUUAUUUUAGAUCGGCGAAGCUCCUUCUGAGUACGUGGAUCAUACUGGCGAUAUUCAGCGUAGUGGAGGCCUUUCGUAAAAUGAGUGUCAUUCCUAGUUACCGAUCCUUCAAACAGUUCCUGCAGAUCGAAAAUCUGAUUGAGUGCUUCGUGAUAUUCAGUGUGUUCGCCACCUCGUUUCUGUAUGCAGAGGAAAUAGAACCGUGGCAGCAUUAUCUGGCCGCCUUAGCCGUGCUCUGUGGUUGGUGCAAUCUGAUGCUGAUGAUCGGUCAGCUACCUGUAUUUGGCGCGUACGUCGCCAUGUUCACCAGCGUGCUGGAGGAGGUGUUCAAGCUACUUCUGGCGUACGCCUGUAUGCUGAUAGGCUUCGCUGCUUGCUUCUGCGUGCUGUUUCCGCGUACCAACUCGUUCAGCAGCCCGUACUUCGGUCUGACCAAGGUCCUUGUGAUGAUGACCGGCGAGCUGAACUUCGAGGAGUUCUUCUUCGCGUCCGAGAAACACUACGACCAAUUCAAAAAUAAUAUGUUGCCCUCCUGGAAGGACAUCCCCUCGCAGACCGUGGUCCAGUUCAUUUUCCUGUUGUUCCUCCUGUUUGUGACGAUCGUGAUGAUGAAUCUGCUGAUCGGCAUAGCCGUGCACGACAUCAAGGGCCUGCAGAAGACGGCCGGGCUCGCGAAACUCGUUCGUCAGACGAAACUCAUCUACGACGUGGAGAUGGCGAUCUCGCUCGGAUUUACGCCGUCGAAGCGUUUCGUCAAGCUCCUGCGGUGCACGUUGCUCUGCCGUCGCCCUUGCGCGUCGUCCUGACCGUUCGUCCGCUGAAUCCCAGGGAGAAGAGGCUGCCGCGCGACGUUCUCCUGGCCUGUUACAGGAUCGCCAAGGAGGGAGACGGGCAGAACUGUUUCUCCGCGGCCCGCAAGAAGAGUUACUACGUGAAGGCGGCCUUCGAGAGUGACGCGAGUCGUCAUAACCAGGACACGCUGAUACAGGAUUGCAAUAAAUUCCAGGAUGAUAUCGCACAGCUCAGAGAACUUUGCGAGAAGAAUAAUGCUCUCCUGCAACAGCUUGUGAAAGCGCAGGAUACAAAUAAAUAACGCUAGAGGACUCUAUAUUCGUCGAAAUAUUAGAAUAUUCCCUAGGUAGCGAACGUACGUCAUUUUGACGUCAAAGUGACGUCAGUUUGCUACUUGGAUCCGCUCCAAGUCGACUAUUUGAGAUUCAAGGAUGGAUAAGUAAUUAAAAUAUCGCACAUACACUGAAAAAAAUUUGUUGAC